UGUACAUAAGGUGGAGGGGAGGAAUUGUUAUUUCAAGAAUCCCGCUGACACAAAACAGAAAUCAUCCCAAUUGAAGAGUGCGAAAUUUGAUCCUGACCUUUCUUUCCCUUGAGGCAAAUCUAGCGAAAAACCAAAACAACAUCCUGAUGCAAUGGAGGCAGUGGCAUUGCUCUCCUCAGCAGUUUCUGUCAUCGGGGUUCGUCUAUGUCCAGGAACUACUCAGUCCAAGAAAACCUUUGCUACACGGAAUAUAAGGUCCAAUACUGAGGUUGCUAAUCGAAUUCGUGCCUCAAAUCUCACCAUUGAUCACAUCAGUACUUUAAAGAAGGUGGGAUCCAAGGAAUCAAGAAUUGGCAAGCAACCAAUUUCUGUUCCGUCCAAUGUGUCGAUCACGAUGGAAGGACAAGACUUCAAGGUUAAAGGCCCUCUAGGAGAGAUGUCUCUUACUUAUCCACGAGAAGUGAAGCUGGAGAAGGAGGAAUCGGGAUCCCUAAGGAUCAGAAAGGCUUUGGAGACAAGAAGGGCUAACCAGAUGCAUGGUUUGUUCAGGACUCUUACAGACAACAUGAUAGUUGGUGUAUCUAAGGGGUUUGACAAGAAACUGCAGUUGGUUGGUGUAGGGUACCGUGCGAUAGUUGAAGGGAAAGAUGUAGUCCUUAAUCUUGGUUUCUCUCAUCCAAUUAGGAUGGCCAUCCCUGAUGGCUUGCAAGUUAAGGUUGAAGAUAGCACCCGAAUCACUGUGAGUGGAUACGACAAAUCCGCCAUUGGUCAGUUUGCUGCCUCGAUACGGAAAUGGAGGCCUCCUGAGCCGUACAAAGGUAAGGGCGUGAAGUAUGCCGAUGAAGUAAUUCGAAGAAAGGAGGGUAAAGCUGGGAAGAAGAAGAAGUGAUGCCCUUGCCUUACUUACACUUGCACUCCCCACAUGAAUCUUUUUCCUUGUUCAUUGUAGUAUGUCGAAUCUCUCUAUGUUGCAAUGGGAAAACAUGUGAUUGACAUUCAUGGUUUUGGAGUGUAUCUAGUGUUGCUAUUACAUUUCCUG